UUGCAAAAGACUUCCAAAAUGUGUCACCUUGUAUCGACUUCUGAGCCUGAUGAUAGACAGCAGACUCAGACUGGACCUCACCUCGAAAGUGUUAUUCGCUAAGUCCCACGACACUGGUGUUUAAUGAACUUUUAGUUUCCUUUCUGCUGUCUCAUCUUUUGCUUGUGUAGGGUUCAUCUGCUCCUCUGUCUCCCAAGCCUGGAAGACAUCCUUUGGGACAUUUAUCCGUCUGUUUUCGUCUCCAGUAAGCCUCAUCUCAAGCUGCCAUCAUUCUGUGCUGCACAGCUGACAACAAAAUGUCCUCCAAUGGUGACCUCAGUGACCUCGGGAGCUGUGAUAGUUUCUGGGAGCCGGGAAACUACAAGAGGACGGUGAGGAGGGUGGACGACGGCCACCGACUUUGUAAUGAGUUGGUCAGCUGUUUCCAGGAGCGGGCUAAGAUUGAGAAGAGCUAUUCCAUUCAGCUCAGUGACUGGGCUAAGAGAUGGAGAGGUGUGCUUGAGAAAGGGCCUCAGUAUGGUACACUAGAGAAGGCGUGGCAUGCAUUUAUGCAAGCAGCAGAUCGGCUCAGUGAAGUGCAUCAGGAACUCCGUGACCGGCUAAUGGCAGAAGACAGUGAGAAGGUGCGAAAUUGGCAGAAAGAAGCCUUUCACAAGCAGAUGAUUGGAGGUUUCACAGAGACAAAGGAGGCUGAUGAGGGCUUCAGGAAAGCACAGAAACCCUGGGUCCGCAAAUUAAAAGAGCUGGAUUCAAGUAAGAAGAGCUACCAUCAGGCCAGAAAAGAGGAGUGGUCAGCUAUUAACAGGGAAACACAUGCUAAGGCUGACCCAUCCAAGUCUCAAGAGGAAGUCUGCAAAUAUUCGGCCCGUGUGGAGCGCUGCAACCAGGAGGCUGAAAAAGCAAAAGUCCGCUAUGAAAAGGCCUUAGAAGAACUGAACCGGUGUAACCCUCGCUACAUGGAGGAUAUGGAACAGGUGUUUGACUUCACCCAGGAAGCUGAGCGCAGGAGGUUGUGCUUAUUUAAAGAGGUCCUGCUGGAUAUCCACACACACCUUGACCUGUCUAGCAAAGAAGGGUUCCGAGAGCUGUACAGGGACUUGGGUCAGACCAUCCGAGCAACUAAUGAGAUAGAAGAUCUUCGAUGGUGGAGAAUCACCCAUGGACCAGGCAUGACCAUGAACUGGCCACAGUAUGAGGAAUGGACUCCAGAGACAAGUCGGAGCAUCAGCAGGAAGGACCGAGGUAGACACUAUGAUGACAGAGUAGUCACCCUCACCAACAUCGUCUCUUCGGGAGGAAAUGACAUUCCACCCAAUCCCAUCACCCAAAAUGCUAUCAGGGUUGUAAAAGAUGAUUCUACAGACUGGUCAGACGAGGAGAAUCCAAACAAGUUUCCUGUGAACAGUGGUGACGAAACUUGGCACGGAACGGAGCAGGUUGAGGGUGUGCGUGUCCGAGCUCUCUAUGAUUACUCAGGCCAGGAGGCUGACGAGCUCAGCUUCAAAGCAGGUGAAGAACUUAUGAAGUUAAGUGAGGAAGAUGAGCAGGGCUGGUGUAAAGGACAACUGAGUAGUGGUCAGAUGGGCCUCUAUCCUGCCAACUAUGUCCAGCUAGUUAUUGCCUGAAGACUCGCCUUCUCUUUUCACGCAGCUCUCAUUGAGUCAUGGCUAGACAAUGCUGGAUUAGUGUCUAAAAGUCAUCACUGAGUUGUUAGUUUUUCAUCUCUAAGGUAUUCUUUGUUAAUCACAAAGAAAUACAAAAAGACUCAUUUGAAACAUGGAAAGAAUGACCUAGCAAUUUCCAACAAGUUGUGUUAUCAAACUGUGACACUUGGAUUUCCUUGUACUAUACAAUAACGGGUUAUCAAUUUAUGUCUGCAUUUUAUUAAAGAAAUCCCUCAUGAGGAGGGAGCAGAAGUCAGGAACACUCAAUCACCCCGAUCCUGAGAACUUUCAGACCACCGAUCUACACCGUGCCACCCCCUAACUUCAUCAUACGCUUCUAUAAGUAGAUUAUAGUUUAAUGAAAAUAAGUAUUGUUGCAAGUUGGAUGUCAAUCAGUGGUAUGCUAUACUCGACGCAUUGACUUUGUAAAACGCUAGCCAGGUACCAAGCUAAGAUUACCUGUGGUACAGUAUGAGUGGCAACCUUUUAUAAAUGUAGCAAGACUUUUAUUUUAAUUAUUUUUUUCAACACUAAAAUUAUAUGAAAUAUUGUAAACAGUUAUAUUUAAAAGUAAAAAUGUUUUAAAUUAGUUUAGCUGUAGUUUUCUUGUCCAAUGUAAUUAGGACUAUUCACAUUGAUUCAAGUCAACUUGAUGCUGCCACAUUCUCUUAUCCCAUUUUGCUUUGUUUUAUUAGUCUACCGCACAUUUGUUAUUGUAACAUUUCAUUCACUUUACCUUUGUUCUACAUGUAAUGGUUUAUUUUAUUUAUUAAUAUUAGUAUUGUCAUUUUUUCUUUUUUUUCUUUUUUACAAGGGUUAGUAGUUUUUAUUGAAUUUAGCCAGUGUAUUUUGGGGAAUAGCUGGUGCUGGUUGCAGAGCAGAGCACACAGAACAUAUCAAAUGCAUCAAAGUUUAUGUUGGAUGCAAUGUAGUACACGUUGGGUUUCAGCUGUUUCCAAGUUCAUAAGGGAGACUCUUCACUACAUCAACCAAAUGACAACACUUUUACACACCUUACUCAAAACAUUUAUAAACACCAAAGGAUAUGUGCCCGAUUUUGAGUCUUUGUGUCCCAAUGUUUAAUCUGUGCAGUGUAUCGGGUUGUGAAAAGCGACAAUAAAUAUC